AUGCUGCUGGUGGUGCCGUUCCGUAGUUCCUUCGUUGACGUACCGAUAUUCCACGACGCUCCAGAUCGAUACCUACCCACCUACGUAAUGGGUGUGGAUUCCCUGUUUGCACUGUUCCAUGAUUCUCCAACUAUGACAGUACCAUCAUCCCCCGAUGUGGAGGUAGAAAAUGUAUGUGUUGUAGAAUCAACGGCUUUUAUCGAUCACUGGGUGAUUGCCAUCUAA